AUGAUUGAACCCAAAGAAGAGAUCCCGUCUUUUUGCUCGGACGCAUCAAGUUCGUCUUUCAUCAAAAAGGAACCAACUCCAUGCGCGAGACCUUUCGUUUAUCACAGAGCAACCUAUAAAAAUCACUCGUUGACAGCUUUUUUGGAUGUUUUGGCGGAUAAUUAUAAAGAUCUCAUCAUCGAAGAGCUUUCCGAAGAUUCCACCAUGAAAGAUGGAGUGGAGCAUGAGAUCCCAUCUCUCUACUGCACAAAAUGCGGAACAGAUGUUGCUAAUCGCUCUGCAUUGCUGAAUCAUUUUGUCACAACUCAUCUCAAUGAAAGCGACAGAUAUGAAUACGAGAGCAUCGAAAUGUUUAAAAUCGAGAGCGGACGCGAGAACGCUGUUUCUUACCUUCAAGAUUCGUUUGAAACACAAAUAAAGCAGUGCUUCGUCAAAAGAAAGUUUGAAAAUGAGAAUGCCGUUUUGAAAGUUCACUUCAAUUCUCCUCUAGCUUCUUUUGUUUCGUUGAAGAACAUGAAGAUCUACCUGGACAGAGCUCACAUUGAAAAAACUAAUGUCGAGCAGAAAAUCGUUCAAAUUGACCUCCAGCAAGGGGAUACCUCGUACCAGGUGGAUUUCGAUUUCGCACCUGUUGAGCUGAAUAACCAACGUGUUCGCAUCGGAAGAGAAAAAAGACGACUAAUGAAGCAAGAAGAUAAAUUGGCCAAGUUCCUCUCGAUCGAUCCCACUGGUGAACUCAAGGUUGAGCCGGAAAUCAAGUCUGAAAUGAUGGAAAUCAAGGCUGAACCGAUCAAGUCGGAGCCCUACUCUCCAAGGGAAUCUACCAUCCAAUACAAUGCAGAAAUCAAGUCAGAGAUCAAAACUGAAAUCAAAAUGGAGCAGGAAUAA